AUGUCUCUCCCAGCAGCAACUACACCGGUAUAUCUGGUCGCCGAUCUCUUCCUCCAAGCUCUGGCCGAUGCAGGAGUGGACUACAUCUUCGCAGUGCUUGGCUCUGACCAUCCAAGCAUCAUCGAAGCAUAUGCACGGCGACAGAGUGACAAGGCUACACAAUGGCCGCGUAUGCUGCUGUUUCAACACGAAAUGGUAGCCAUCUCAGCUGCCGACGGCUAUGCUCGCAUGACCCAUAAAGCACAGUGUGUGCUUGUGCAUACCGAUGUUGGGACCGCCGCCUUGGGUCAAGGCCUCCACAACGCGUCGGCCGGACGAGCACCCGUGCUGAUUUUCGCUGGCCUUGCACCUUUUACGAUGCGCGGAGAGAUCCCAGGAUCCAGAAGCGAACACGUGCAGUGGAUGCAAGAUAUCCCGAACCAGUCGUCGAUUGUGGCCCCGUACGUGAGCUACUCCAACGAAAUCAAAUCAGCUCACCACGUGGUGGACAUUGUGAACAGAGCUUUGUUCUUGGCACAAUCUGAUCCUCCUGGCCCAACAUAUAUCACUGCCGCAAACGAGGUCUUAGCUGCUGAAGCCAUUGCUCAGAAACGGCAACGAAUUCCCCGAAUACGAGCGUGUUUUCCUACGGACAAAGUCAUUGCAGACAUUGGAGGCCUCCUGCUCUUUGCGCAGAAACCCAUCGUUAUAACUGGGUACCUCGGUCGCCAUACCAAUGCUUUCAUCGAGCUAAGACACCUUGCCACCCUCAUACAGAACUUGAUGGUCAUUGACACCGAGUUCAGAGAGGUGUCGUUCCCGGCGAAUCAUCCUGCUUGGGCGACCAUGUCAACCGGAGGGUCAGCAGCGAUUGAGUCCGCCGAUGUCAUCCUGGUACUCGACUCGGACGUGCCAUGGAUCCCCAUCAACUGCAAACCUCAUCCGACUGCUCGAAUCAUACACAUCGACAUGGAUGUUACGAAGAAGAAGAUGCAGAUGUUUGACUUGUUCGCGGAUGCCUCCUUCAACGCAGACUGUGGGCUUGCCCUGGAGAGAAUCAAUAACUCCAUCGCAAAUCAUGAGCAUUUUCCACAACGCCAAGCGGAGAGAUGGUUGAAGCACAAUCGCGAACGUGACUAUGACACACGAUUGCGUAUAUUGGCGCAGCGUGCAGAGGUGAAAGUAGACGGUUCGGUGUCGAGCGAUCAUCUUUUUGCCAUGCUGCGUCAAACAUUGCCGGGCGAUACGACGUAUGUUCACGAUGCAGUUACCAAUACAAGACAGCUGUUCGAGCAGCUUCAACUCACCAAUCCGGGCACAGCGCUUGGAAAGGGUGGCAGCGGACUUGGAUGGGCUGGCGGCGCUGCUAUUGGAGUCAGCUUGGCCAUGAAGAACUAUGCAUGUGAUCACAGACCAUUAUUGCGUUCUAGACAGCAAGAUUCUGGCAUGGUGACACAACCACUCAUCGUGAGCAUCACUGGAGAUGGAGCCUUCAUGUUUGGAAGCCCCUGUGCGACAUACUGGGCCCAAAAACGCUUGCAAACUCCCGUCUUGACAAUCGUCCUCAACAACGGUGGAUGGAGAGCAACCAGAGUCGCUGGGGUGAGUGAUGAGAUCAUCGGGUAUGACCUGACAAACGAUGCUCCGGAUUACGWUAACGUUGCCAUUGCGUCGUCAAACGGCAUGCUUUGGGGCAGGAAAGUCACAAUGGCUUGCUGUCUGAGACCUGCAUUGGAAGAAGCGGUGAAAAUGGUCCAGAAUGAGAAAUGA